AUGUAUUUACUCGUACUUCAUCGUAUAAAUGCUCCUUCAUCUGCCGUUGCUAUCCAUGAUCAUGACAAUUCUGCACGUCAAGGCAAAACAUGCAUAGUGCGGUCUAGUGCAGAUUCCAUUAACAUCGAUCGCAUAUAUAUAUGCAUGGUGUGUGUAUGUAUAUGCCCCAACGGUGUGGAAAAAAAGAUGUCGGGUGGAUGGACCACUGGCCUGCUUGACUGCUUCAGUGACUGCAGUGUCUGCUGCUUGGGAUUUUGGUGUCCUUGCGUUGUUGCUGGGCGUGUUGCAGAGAUUGUCUCCAAAGGACAAACCAGUUGUUUUUGGCAUGGAUGUUUAUAUGCAGCAAUUAAUUACUAUACUAACUUAGCAUGCUGCAUUACUUGCGGCUAUCGAACCCAACUGAGGGGGCAGUACAUGUUGGAGGAAAAACCUUGCAACGAUUGCUGCGUUCAUUUCUUCUGCAACUCCUGUGCCUUGUGCCAAGAAUACCGUGAGCUCCAGAACCGUGGUUUCGAUGUUGCCAGUGGGUGGAAAGGAAAUGCGUCCCAGAAUCGUGGAGUGGUGACAGCACCAGCUCUGCAGGGUGGCAUGAAUCGUCAUUCUGAUCACAAAUAAUAAUGCUGUUGGCUUGAUGGUGGCAUGGAAAUCAUACCAUCUGGAAUAAAAGAAUUCGUUUUCGUUUUUUGUUUGCUGUCUCUUUGAAUAAAAGAGUUCGUUUUCGUCUGAAUUUUUCAUCAGAAUAAGGUUCUUUUGAGUUUGAGGUUUGUCUCUGUCUGUUGAGUUUCGGUAUGAACGUUUUGAAGACUUUUUGUGUUCAAUUGUUUAUUGUGGGCUUGUUUUGUCAUUGUAUUCAACCAAGUUGGCCUUUUAUGUUUUAUUGAAGUCACUUUAGAUUGUGGACCUUCGUUUAUUAAAAUAUUAUUUUUAAUAUUUGUAUAAGUUCUUAAUAUUAUAAUAAAGUCACUAUUGUGUCGCUAA